GCAGAGCUCGUCGUGCGCGGUGCGGACAGCAGGGGGCGCGCUCAUGUCACAGAGGUGGUUUGACCGGGUGCGGGUACCUGAUACCGCGGGCACCGGGAUGCACAGGGCCAUGCUGGUCAAGUCCGCUUCCAUGUACUCUGAGAUACAGAGGGAGCCGCCGGAUAUAGGGAGUAUUCUGGCUCAUCCUGACUAUCUGGAAUCAAAUGCUGAACUCAUCAAGCCCAAGAAGCUCUCGAAUCCUGUGAAGGCAUCUAGAAGUCACCAGGAGCUCCAUCGCGAGCUGCUCAUGAACCAUCGCAGAGGUUUGAGCAUUGACAAGAAGCCGGAACUGCAGAGGGUGCUGGAAAAUCGGAGAAGAGACAAGAUCAUACAACAGAAGAGACAGGAGGAGGAGAGCAAGAAGAUGCAGUCACCAUUUGAACAAGAGUUAUUAAAGAGACAGCAGAGGCUCGAGCAGCUGGAAAAGGAAGAAGAGGAACCUAAAGAAGAAAGCCAUGCUCCCGAAUUCAUCAAAGUGAAGGAAAAUCUCAGAAGAACGGCAACAACACCAAGCGAUGAGCAAGUAGUGUAAAAAACAAAUUGCCAAGCGGGAAUGAAAGUUCCGUGUCAAGCCGGAUUUGUCAUGUCACCCGGACAUCUUUCUACUUGACUGGCAGAUUGUUUGUGGAAGGAACCCUCCAGUGUACGCCGUGCGAUCGUGCUCUCAGAAGCCAUGUUACACCCUGUAUUUAGCCGCCACAGCGUUUAGUACAUGAUGCUUUGCCCUAACACCAACGGAAGUGUCCUCAUACAACUGCACGUGGCUGUGGAGAUUUGUGGCUGAGCUGCUGUGUUGCCCACGCUUUCCAUAUGAUGCAACAUUCAAGAGUUGUCAGGUUGUCAGCAGAUAACCUAUCCAGUGCAUCUGUACGGUGACCCCGGAGGGGCCCGUGGGAGCGUACGGUUUAUUAAGCUGUGUUUACCGCAUACAUGUUCUGCAUGUUCAAAAUUCUAAGAGUUGUCCUCUGCGUGUUGCACAGUUAUCAUAACUGCCACGUGAGGUGUCACAUGACCAGCCAUCAACGCUAUUUGUGUUACCAGCCCGUGGUCCGGGCAGUAUUACAUUCCUAUUUCCUUAUGACUACAGUGCAGUAUUACCUGCAUCUAACAACGACAGGAACGCAGCGAGUUAGGGAACCAAGCGCACUCCUUGCUGAUGACCAAUGGAAGAAUGAGAGUUGCAGUUUAUCCCUUUGGCCACUAGAGAGAGCAGUGUGGUUGUCAGAUAUGGUUUUCCUUAUCAUUAUGCAGAUUUGGCGUCGGUGUCAUUGACUGCGAAGUUGUUGAAUUUGAUCCUGAACGUACAGGGGAAGAUAUCUCAGGCAUCGGCAAAGCCAGUAUUCAUCAAGCCUUAAUGUAUCAGCACAACCCCUCUCCAUAUAUCCUAUUAAUGGUAAAACUAGUGCAUGCAGGGGUUCCAUAUUAAAGGGGUUGUCCGAGAUAAUCCCAAAAAUGGGACAAAGGCUUGGAAUGUGUUAAAAACAAAAUAAAAUAGACCCUAUAUUCACCGGUUCAAGUCCUCUGCUCCAGCGCUGUUGCUGCGGUCCCAUCCCCGCUCGGCUUUGUUUACAUGGAUGCAUCGAAGGCGUGCUCGUGUACCCCAUGCGGCUGCUGCAACCAGUCACUGGCCUCAGCAGUAUACUGCACGAGAUCGCUAAGGCUAGAGCAUGGUUACCAACAUUGCAGUUGGUAAAUUCAGACAUGCAAGCCCCAAACAAGAGGAACUGGCCUCUUAUGGGUGAGGCUCACACAAAACCCACCCAUUUUCAGCCUAGGAUAGCCCAAAUUUGACAGCACAGUCUCUGUAUAUUAUGAACAGACCUUGAAAAUUUUAGUGAUUGGCUUCAGCAGUCACGUGGAUUAUACGGCCGUGUCACCACUACAGCCAUGUUAGUAAAGCGGGGAGGACCGGAGCAGAGGGCAAAAAAACUGGAUUGAACUGGUGAGGAUAUGGUAUUUUGUUAUUUUAACUCAUUCUCGGCCUUUAACCCAUUUUUUUAUUUUAUUACCCUUUAAAGUCAAGGGUGGACUGGUCAUAGACCCUACAGGAAAACCUCCCGGUGGGACGAUGCCCUGGAGACCGCCUGAGCCCUGCUUGCGGCCGGCCAGUGGCAGUUUUUGGGGGUUUUGUACUGUUGGGGCAGUAUUUUGGAUGCACUAUGGUAUUUGGCCUUGCUGGGGUGGUAUAUGGUAUUGCUGGCCCCCACCCACUUCAGUUUUAAUAUUUAUUUUUUUUUUCAGGGCCACUAAGUUCUCAGUCUGCCCCUGUUUAAAGCGGUGACGAGACAACCAUGAUAUAUCUUUUAUUUUUAUUUUUUUAUUAUUAUUAUUGCUUAAAAAAACAUAAUAUAUCAUUAAAAGAAACUACACGGAUUACACGUACCUUAUUGCCAUAAUCUAUCAUUGCCCAAUGAAGGGACAUUUUCAUUUUAUAAGACCUGCAUUAACAAUGUUUGCUUGUUUCAUCGGUGACUGAUCCUUCCCCUUUAAGAACGUGGCCCAAUCACAAUAUCACUUCCUCUGCAUUCGGUAGAGCAUAUAUUUAUUUUGGCGUCCGUGCGAUGCCGAUUUAUUUUUCUAUAUAGUCUUCUAAUCUGAAUAAAUCAGUAGAUGUGUAAUAUUUGCAUACAGUAUAUUGAAUACAGCACAGAGUAUUUUUUUACAUCUGAAUUGGACCUUUACAAUCUAUAAACUUUUGCCCGGGCUAAUUAUAAUGAAAUAAUAUGUUGCACUUUAUGCAUUAGUAGGAUUGGAACGAAUAAUCUACUUCAGGGCUAUUAUCACACCUGGGAUGAUGAGAGUAGUGGUGUCCAUGAUGAGAGUAGUGCUAUUCCAUAGAUACGGCCCCUUUAGCUGCUUUUCUGACAUAUCUGUUUUAGUAAAUGCUUGCAUCUCCAAUUAGAUAACGAUCCCAGAGAAUCUUUUCUUAUAACUCUGUGCUGUCCCUCAGUUAUUCGUCCUGGAAAAUGUAUGAUGAACUGCCAACAGAGCUUGGAAAUGGGUCUGACACUGCAGGAUUGAAUGGCCCGAGUGUGUAGGGCCCCAGCGGAAUGGGGACACCCAGUUGGCAAUGUAUUCAUACAUUUCCAGGAGGAAUACAAGAGGAAUGACACAACACAGAGUUCUAAGAUAUGAUGCCUCAGGUAAUUGUUUAAAGCUUCUUGUAAAGCUGUGCCUUGGGGUGCACCAUAUAUGCUUUUAUUUUAUUUAAAAAUUGCACAUCUUGCCCUAUUAUGGUAGCAGUUUUAGCUCAUAUUGGCAUUGCCUUCCCCUUUUGAAAUAUUGCAGGCGGGCACAGAUGGCAUAUGGAGUCGUAUAGAUGAUUGCCAUGUAGAAGGAGGAGGCGGCAAGGUGGGAGACGAGAGCACUGUCUAUAUGCAUGUGAGAGAGUGGGUGACCAGAAGACUCCGCUCUGCA